AUGAUGGGCAGUAGUUCGACAAAAAAACGAAAAGAAAAUAAUGAUCAUGCUUCAACUGUCAGUAAGCAGAUUGUUGUAGAUACUUCAACAACGAGUACAACAGUGAAAAAGAUCUCUGAGGAUGAUUUAGAAGUACUUAAACAAUUCGAUCUCGAUAUGACAUUUGGACCUUGUACAGGCAUUCCACGCAUUGAUCGUUAUGAACGUGCUCUACGUCAUGAUGUAAAUCCUCCUAUUCGAGUUUUGGAAUUGAUUGAUCUCUAUCCGAACGAUCGUCAAGUUACUCAUUGUAUUUGGCGUGAUUAUACAUUAUGA